AUGGAAAAUUUUCCAAGAAUUGGCUUAGUUUUGGUUGGAAUUUGCAUGUUUGAUAGAGGGAAAUUUUUAGUAUUUCCAUGUCAAUCACAUAUAAGUGUAAUAAAUGUUCAAUCAAUGGCAGCAAUAUUUCUCGUGGGCUUGGCACAUUUAAUUGACAGAAGACGCAAUAAUAAACAUGUUUGUUUACUCUAA